UUGCAGACUCACCGGGAAUAUAAGUUGAGUUCCAACAGGCUUCUUACCGACAGCUGAAUAACCUUGACUAUUUAUUCAUCUACAGUCGACGUAGUUGUGAUGCGUGACGUGAAUUGCGUGUUGAGCAAUCGACGAAAUGACCCGUGAUGGAUACAAAAUGACAUAUAAACCAAAGAAAUAACGAACGAGUUUACCAAGUGCAUUGGAACCUUCCGACCGAAGAGGAUCGCAAAGAAAUGGUCGUAACCAUCAGAAUAAAAUUUGGGCUUCUGCUAUGUUUGGUGCUUGCAAUAGCAAUCACGAACGCAGGUAUUAGCGGCAGCAAAGGAAAAGCGGUCCAUCAUAUCCCGCACAAGCUCCAAGGCAAUAUACGAGGAAGGGAUCUACGAGUCGUCACAGGACAUUUUCCACCUUACAUUUCCAUUUUGCGGAACUCUUCUGGCCACAUCACUGACUACUCCGACCACAUGUACCAACAUUUGCAGUACCUGUCUCAGAAGUUGGAGUUCACUUACACAAUAUUCCCUGCGGCUGGAAACAGCAUCCAUGACGGAGUCAAGUCUAUAGAUAUUUGGAGUGCCGUCAUUGAAACAAUCACCAACCUCGAAGCUGAUAUUGGCUUAGUGCCGGCUACCGUUUCACUGGAGCGGUACGAAUCCAUUGAAUUCUGCGGAUUUUUGGGUGGUGACAAUACCGGGAUUCUUGUCAAAUAUCCUGCCGCUAAUAUUUCAUUUACCAGCGCUUUCGACGUGUUUUCAAUCGAGGUAUGGAUGUGGGGCAUAAUUUCAGGAAUAGCAAUUGUUACCAUUUGUCGCAUUUUUUCUUACGUAACCAAACGCUUGCGUAUUAACGUUGAUGAAAAUAAGCCCGAGAUAAGAGCUGGGACUAUAUUGAUGUAUUUUUUUGGAAACACGUUUUCUCAGGGGAAUUAUUUUCCGUGCCAACAACCAUCGCAGAAACUUCUCGUUGCGACCUGGUGUUUCGUUACUUUCGUCUUCGUCAACACUUACAACUCGACUCUGACGUCUUACAUGUCGGUGACUUAUCAAAGACCCGAAGUCAAUUCCUUUCGUGAUUUGGCUCUUGCCACAAAGUACAAGGCCACUGUUUUAACCGGAUCCAUUCAAGAUAUAGAUUUGCGGGUUAUCAUGAAGGUAUAUGUCUGUCAGUAUAUAUAA